CAACGUAUUCGAUAUUCACUACGAUAUACACGGUACGAAAAAAAGUAUAUACUUACAGAUUUUCGGCACGAAACAAUAUUCACUUUUUAUUGGUUUUAUCACAGUUAUUUUGUAACAGAGAAUGACAAUCGUAUCAAACGGUUUCUCUCAAAUGGUGUAUCACUGUAUCGAUAUUCAAUAUUUUUCGUCUUCCUCAAAUUCGUCUUUUUUGACCUCUAUCGUUCUCGAACUCUUCGUAGUAUUGCAACAGCCGCGCGCGGCGCGCGGGAGCCGAAACGUUCCCGCGUGCCGCGCGCGCGGGUGCGAACGAACAAAGGGUUUUAACGAAAUGUUCAUACAAUGCGCAGCCACUUCUGACAUUCGUGAAUUCUGGCGGACGUUCUUUGCCCGAAAACGUAGUGACGACGCGUAAGUGCGUGUUUCAUAGAGUUUACUGGUACUUCGUUUAAUUAUAUUCAGCAGUGUUGUAAUAUUCGUUAUAGCAAUAUUCUAUAAUAUUCUAAUAUUCUUUCUGUGUAAGUGAAUAUUUGUUCUUUGCAAAAAACGAAGUGGAUACACGUGCGUGUUUUCUAAGUGUACCCGUACUUCACACAAUUGUAUUUCACCAGUUAAAUUAAGUGAAUAAAAAGAAUCGCAAACAAUGUUUAUCGUUUUGUGCGACGACGACAAUUCAGUUUGUCAAAUCCUCGAUAAAGACGUGAUUUUCGAUGGAAAGCAUCCACCAAAUGAAGGAGACAAUGUCCGUUUUUUAUGGUCAGGUACCGAGUACACAGGAGAAGUCUUAUUGCAUUCCGGUGAGUUAAGAUAUUUUUCAUGGCAUUUUACAAACUAUCUUGUUGCUUCGUUUUCCUUUUUUUGAACGUUCAAAGUUUUACGGGAACGUAAAAAGUGUGUCGUUCCCCGGUUGAAUAAACGAAAAAUUAUCAUUAAUACAAUAAUGUUUAGAUGACCUGAAUCUCGUCAAUCGAAGAUACGAAGCUCUAAAAAAAAAUAAAAGCAAGCAGUCAAAAGCAAAAGGUUCAACCUCCAAUACGCAGCUAAAAAAAAGAAGUCAUUCAUCUCCGCAGUCCGCUGGGAACAUAAAGGAAAAAGGAUUAUCGCAGUGCAAAAAACAAAAAUAUUUGGUAUGUAUAAAAAUUCUGUUUUAUUGAUUGUGAUUGUUAAUUAAUUUUUGUUUGUGUAAAUUGAGUGAAAUUAAAUCAUUUUUUUAUUUAUGUACUUUUCAGAAGCAUGACCGUCCAUCAAAAGAAAAUUCAAAAAAAGGCAUCGAAGCGACUCAAUCUUUCAUUGAAAAUGAGAUAGCGGAUAAGAAUAACAAAAAACAAACAGACGCAGAAGAAAAAUGUAGUCCAUCGAAGGAAAAAUUGAAAAAAAUGCUUCAGGACGCCGAAGAGAAAAUUGCUUCGCUAGCAAGUGGAGUAAGUCGUCCUCAGACGUGUAAGAUCUCUAAACCAUCAACAUCUUCGGCAAAAAUUGCUCAUAAGCAAAAAAAAAAAAUAGUGCUCGAGGAUUCAUAUACGACCACGGAGGGCGAAUCGGAUGACGAACCAGAAGAUUCUUCCCACAAUAAGAGCAGCGAAUCUGAUCGAGAAUCAAUUGAAAACGAAACAAAUAACAACUUGGAAAUGAAGAACGAAAAAAACGAGGGAUUCGUACAUGGAAAAAAAAAGAAAAGCGAAAAUGAAGGAAACGAGCCUGCUCAAGCUGAUUUCGGGUUAUCCGAUUCAAAUGACCUUUUUGGAAAAGAUUGGUCAGGAGAUAAGAUGGUAAAACUUGUGGAUCAAGUUUAUUGUAAGGAUUCAGAAUUGAAACCUGCUCUGGCAAUGGCUUCACAAGCUUCUCAUCUUGCUCGAAGAUUAAUUGUCGGUGUUUUUAAACCUUCUGGCUAUUUGAACUGUACAUUCACUGGACAAGCUGCACGUGCUCAUCAAAAUAAACCGGGGAACAAUCAACUCGUAAAGCCGUUAAAUGAAAUUGCCAAAAAUGAAAUUUUGAAUUUUGCUAUGAUGCGAGCAGAGAAAAAAGGAUGGAAAAACAAGGACGGCUUACCUCAGACUGAAAAAGAAAUACGUCAUGCUAUGUCGCAGAAAAUUGGGGAGCUUAAAAGAAAACAUGAAGCCAACGAAAAAAUAGCUCAAAAAAAUAAAUCGUAAAUAGUUCCAUUUUUCUCAUUUUUUUCGCGAAGGUAAUCGCCGUUUCAAUUUUUGUCAGUAGCAUAAUAACAUUUUUUUAAAUAAAGGUUUUUUCUAU